AUGGUCAAGUUCCUGCCGCUUGCAGCUGUGCUGCAAGCAGCCAUCUUGUUCGAGGCAGCUCACGCUCAUGGCGAUGUCGCCAAAGAGCUGCGCGUGCGCAAUGAGUUCAUGGCGUCAAUCGGACCGCGAGCGGUCGACGCCUGUUCCGAGCAGCUCAAGGCGCGGGGAGUUAGUGGGAAAUUGGCGGCGAGGAGAAAUGCCCUCAUUAAUGAACACCGCCUGAAGCGUCGCCUUUCAAGGAGGGACAUGCUCCAUGCCCGCGACCUUAGCCAAGUGCUGUCCACCAACCAUCGCUACAACGGCACUAAUAUCACGCCGGAAGCGUCUGUGGAGGCGAUCUUCGGCAGCAACAAUGAGACGGUGCUGGCACCUGAGACGACAGAAGGUCCAUACUACGUCUCGGGUGAGGUUAUCCGGUCUAACCUGGUCGAACAGGAAGAGGGUGUCGACCUCAUUACCGACAUUCAGUUCAUUGAUAUCAAUACCUGUGAACCCAUUCCCGACGCCGCCAUUGACUUCUGGCACUGUAACGCCACAGGAGUGUACGGCGGCGUCGCAGCCGGCGGGUUCAUGGGGAAUGGCGACGAGGCUGACACGACCCUCAUCAACAAGACUGCCUUGCGUGGAAUCCAAAUCACAAGCGACGACGGUGUUGUCACGUUCGAGUCGAAGUUCCCAGGCCACUACACGGGCCGCGCCGUCCAUAUCCACGUGAUGACCCACCUCAACUACGAGAAGCUCGCCAACAACCGCAUCACCCAAGGCAACGUCUCCCACGUCGGCCAGCUCUUCUUCGACCAGUCCCUCAUCGGCGAGGUCGAGGCCAAUGCGCCGUACAACACCAACACUGCGCGCCUCACCACAAAUGAACAAGAUGGAAUCAUGGCGCAGACUGCCAGCGGGCAACAUGACCCAGUCAUGGAGUACGUGUACCUCGGAGAUACCGCGGCUGAUGGUAUCUUCUCGUGGAUUACCGUGGGCGUUGAUACUACCUACUCCAGGGAAAACGUGAUGGCCGCGGCAGAGUGUGGAGAUGACGGAUGCAAGCUGAACGAAAAUGCCGGUUUCCCAGGAGGCCUAGGAGGUCCCCCCGGUGGCUUCCCAGGGGGUUUCCCAACUGGUGGUUUCCCAGGCGGUUUCCCGGGUGGUUUCCCAACUGGUGGUUUCCCAGGUGGUUUCCCAGGUGGCGUUCCAACCGGAGUCCCAGGGGUUUUCCCCCCUGGCGUCCCAGGAGCCGUCCCGAGUGGCUCACCAAGUGGUCUCCCAGGCACAGAAGGUGGCUCCGCAAGUGGCUCCCCUGGCGGUUCUCCAAGUGGUUCUCCAAGUGGUCGCCCAGGAGCUGGUCCCCCAGCUGCGGGACACGACUGCGGCCAUGAGCAUAGACGAUGA